AUGAACUCCAUGUCCUUGGUUCUAGAUGAGUUUUACAGCGAACUUCGCUGUUGCGGUGUUUCCUCUGUGACCGGGCAGGGUAUGGAUAAACUCGUGGAGAAAAUUGUUGAGGCGGAAGAUGAAUAUUAUAAGACGUAUGUCCCUAUGCUUGAAUCGCGACGGAUGCGUGCCAGUAGACAAGAGGCCUCAGGCUCAGGUGGAUGUCCAAUGGUCAAGGAUCUCAUUAGUCUAUUGCCGUUGAACGUUCAAGGGCUACCUGGUACAACGAACAUUAAGGUCUCUGUAUGCAUCACCCAGGCCUGUUUGUGGAACCUAUAUAUCAAAUACCGAAUGGAUUUCGAACAGUAUCUCUAUCGUGCCGCCUCUCGCGGUGUACGACGACAUUCAAGCCGCUGA